CUCCCUCCGCUGCCCCUCACCGCCAUCAUUCCGAAACACAACCACAAUUGAGUCCGCCGCUUGGACCCAAUUCCGAAUCUUUUCUCAGCUCGUCCACAAAAAUUUAUAAUCAAGAUCGGAUUUUGAGUCUAAUCGGAGGAAAAGAUGGAUAUAAUAUCUCAGUUGCAAGAGCAGGUCAACACCGUCGCAUCACUCGCCUUCAACACAUUUGGCACGCUUCAAAGGGACGCGCCGCCGGUUCAGCUUUCGCCUAAUUACCCGGAGCCUCCCGCUAAUCCCCCUGUCGACGACUCCGUUAAUCUCGCCGAACAGCCAAAGCUUCUUAGCGCUGAAUUGGUCAAAGCAGCCAAACAGUUUGAUGCUUUGGUUGCUGCACUUCCAUUAGCUGAGGGUGGUGAAGAAGCUCAGCUACAAAGAAUAGCAGAACUCCAGGCUGAAAAUGAUGACAUUGGGCAGGAGCUUCAAAAGCAACUGGAAGCUGCAGAAAAGGAGCUUAGGCAAGUCCAGGAGUUGUAUGGCCAAGCAGUGGAUAACUGCUUGAACUUAAAGAAGCCAGACUGAAGUAAAAGGGUAGUGGUAUUUUAUUGAGGAUAAUUGGUUUGACGGCCAAGCCCAUGGAGUCUUUACUUCUCUGAAAUUGGCUGACAUGGCAUGAAAUUUUAUCUCAGGAUUAUCUUUAACAGCUUAGUGCUUGAUACUUUAGGAAUAGGGUGUUAUCAUCCAUGAACAUGUGCCCCAAUGGGACACAAUUGAGGCCUUGUUAUUAAUUACUCCACUUUGUCCAUGUUUCUAAUAUAUGGAUAUGUCAUGUAGAGAUUUGGGUUGCUUUUAUUGCAAGUGUAAGGAUUUUAUGCUCUCA